AUGGCUCAGUUCCAAGAAGAAUCCCUUGUCAUCCCUUCCAACACCUUCCUGCCUGGAUACAUUUCCUCCAUGUUUGAAUCGGAGUCAGCACCAGAAUCACUCCUUGACCAGCUUCUGGCAGAGGAAUCGGAAGUUUAUAUAUCUCCACAUCAAUUCCAAUAUGGUACAAGUACGGUGGCAGCAUUAUCCCAUUCGCCUACUCCGUUAUCUAUGUUGUUUGCGGGAUUCGAUGGUCAGAAUAUGGGCACCUCUGAGUUUGCCUCGCCACAUACACUGCCAUCAGCAUCAGCCACUCAUGCCUCCAUAUUCCAUCCGGCGACUGAAGAAGAGCCACAGUCAUCCGAUGCACGGUACUCUCCUUAUCCCUACACGGAGGAAGAGUUACUGGGGCAGAAUGUCCUUUUUCAAUCGAGGACCCAUGCAUCCCCCCCGGCACACUCUGAAUCAGGGUGGGAUAUUUUGCCACAGGACUCAUUGUGGCCAACGAACAGCGCCCCAGUACUUAGGAGCAACUAUCCGUCUUGGUUUAUGCAAGCUUUGGCGUUCCCCGGCACAAACGAGGAUUUGGGUUCGAUGCCAGGCCCCUCAGCAUCAUAUGGCACGGAGGAAGCGUACGCGACUGCUAAUGAGGGCCAAAGUAGCAUUCACGAUCGCUCGCCCUUCACGCCGGUGUCCCCCUUCGCCAACUCAACUAAUCAAUAUGGAAACCAGUACCAGACCUUCUCAAAUACAAUCGGAGAAGGUUUGGGAAUUCACAAUAUAAGAUCCACAGGCGAACAGCAAACCGUCGAGGAUGAAUGCUCCGGGGAUUACCCUGUCGAGCACAAUCACAGUGAGCGCAACACACAUGGAAGGGUGUUCCAGAGCGGUCUAUAUAGCCAGAACAAUGCCUCGGAGUGGCUACCCGGGGCAUAUGAAUCCCUCGAAGAGGAAGUACCACACACCAACGCAGGUACAUGGACGGACGAGUCCAUUGCGCCGGAGCAGCCGGCUCCAAGCAUCUCCCAGGUCCAAGGCCACAUACCCAGUUGCAUGGGGGGCCUUGGUGUCAGCGUUACACGUGAACGCAAGAGGAGGAAGGACAGAGGCUUCCGGUUUGUCAAUCUAGCUGCUAGCUAG